AAGGCAGGAAAAAGAAAUCAGUAGAGGUUGCAAGUGAAGAAACUAUUUAUAUGGAGAAUUUAAACUUAGCUGAUGAUGAUGAAAUUUUAUGUGAUUUAGCAAAUCUAGAAAACAUAGUUGCAAACUGUUUUAUGGAUAUUGAUAAAGUGCACUUUUUAGAAACUUUUAAAUUGUAG